AUGCCGUCCGCGAUCAGGUGGUGGCCGAUCCGUUUCACUUCAUCUGGAUCUGAGCCGAUGUGGUUUUCAGGCGGUGGUUACGAGCGAUGGCGCUGGCUGAGCUGGCGUCGACCGGAGCUGAGUUUCUUGUCUGUAAUGGUCGACGACGUUGUUUGGAAAGUAGUGACGGCGUUAGAGUCGGUGGCUUUGGUCUCGAUGCUCUGUUUCUUCUUCCUCUUCUGCGGCUGCACCGUCUGA